AUGCUGGACCUGUCGUCGGGGCUCGGCGUGGGCGGCAAGGAGCCGGCGCUGGACGACGAUGCAGACGUCGACAUCUCGCGGCUGUCAGCGGUGGACCGGGAGGCCAUUAUGGCUCGCGUCACGCCAGACGACAGCGCUCCUCCGGACGCGUUUGCCCUUGCGCAGAACGAGAUCCGCCGGGAGAUGAUUGACCGCGGCAUCCAGCCCAAGGGUUUCUACAAUGACGACGCGGCUCGCCUGCAAGAAGAGUUCAACCGUGAGCACGCGUCGGAGAAGGAGUCCCGCAUGCAGCAGAAGAUUCAGUUCGCCGCGAAAAGCUACCUCCGCGAGACCGUGCACCGCCGACGACAAGAGCGCGAGAAGGAGGUACGAGAAGAAGUCGAGGAGAUCGCCAAGAACCCGCAGCUAGAAGUGUGGCUUGGACUCGCCAAAGCCGACGAGACCCCGAAGCACGCGGAUCUCCGGGUCAGCAGCGUUGGGGCCCGAGCUCUCUGCAAGACGCUGGCUUUUACGCACUCGCUGCGGUCGCUCAAUUUGAGCCGAAACGGACUCGACGACGCGACGGGGAAAUGGCUCGCGUUGCUGCUGAAGCGGAAUACGUCACUUCGACGUCUUGAACUCGAGAGCAAUUGUCUGGGCCCGCUGGCUGCCAAGGACCUGGCCGAAGCUUUGAGCACUAACGAAAGUCUCGAGUACCUGAACCUCGAGAGCAAUCCGCUGACAGACGAAGAGAAAGACUUUUCCGGGGUGGCGGCGUUGGGUAACAUGCUCACCAAGAACAAGACGCUGCGCACGCUGAACCUGUGGCGAACAAGACUGGGAGGUGAAGGCGGGAAGCAGUUGGCGCUUGGUCUUGCUCGCAACACCACGCUGGUGUGUUUGGACGUGGGGAACAACCGUAUCGGCACGGCAGACGCUGUCUCGCUCGACCUGCAACUCAAGAAGACCCGUGUGUUCUUCGAGCAGCAGCAGCUUCAGCAGCUCAAGUUCCGCGAGGCGCAGUGGAAGGCUGCGGACAAAGAGCGCGAGCGCCAGGAUAAGCUGGCCAAACGCCAGGAAGAUGAGGAAUGGAUGGAGAAGCGGAAGCUGGAGCGUGAGCAAGACCGCGCAAUGCUCGAAGAAGAGCGACAGCGACUUCUCAAGAUGGAAGAGGAUCGGCUUCGCCAGAUUGCGGCUCGCAAGGCUGCCGAGUUCGCGGCCAAGGCUGAAAUGGAGAAGAAGAAAAAGAAGAAGGCUCAAGGCUUUUUGACGCACCCGCCGCCGCGCGAGGAAUCCCCGCACUACGGCCUGGAUUCUGAGGAUGAAGCCGAACAGAUUCGCUUCGCGCAGCCGGCGGAGACGCUCCGCGAGGUCAAUAGCACGCUGCUCCUCGAUCAUGUUGCGACAGUCUUUGUCGAUGCGGGCGAAGUGCGUCGCAAACUUGGAGUUCGCGGCAUCAAGUCGCUCGAGUUCGGCUCGCUCUCGCUCGAUCUCAGCGUCCAGCUUUUCCAUAUCCUCAUCGUAGCGCUCUACAAGCUCGCGCAGCUCGAUUCGAGCUGCUCAUGCGCGUUCGACUUCUGCGUCUCGAAGCUGGACUGA